UAGCUGCUAAAAGUGAAAGUGAAAGAGCUCCACUGCCGGGAGCAUGCCAGAAGAACGGCACAGAAGCUAUCAGGCUGUUCAGUAAGUACUCUUAUUUUAAGGCUGCUGCUUACCUACCAUGAUACGGGGUAACUCUGCAGGUUAUAAACCUCUAAGAACCAUGGACCAGGGAAAGAAAACAGUGCCGGGGAACAAGUUCUAUCUCCAAGUGUCAGGAUGUACCAACGGUGCUCAUCUGCCCUGGGUGGAAAGAUAUAAAGGUAUGAGCCAAACCCAGGUGUUUUCUCUGGAACAAUGUGACUACAUUCUGCUUUUCUGUCCCAUCGCGUCUCGAGUUGGAACAGACAUCGGCGAGGCACUGGACAAAAUCCCAGGGGGGAAACCAACGAUUCUGGUAGUGAUGCAUCACACCUACGACAAAGAUUAUUUUGUCCCUGAGAGCAGGAGAAUCGUGGAUCACCCGGAUGUCAUCAGCACCGUGGACACUUUGUUCCAUGAGAACCAAUUCCUGCCCUGCACCCGCAAUGACAUCUCCUGGAUGGAAGUCAAGGGGCUUAUUGCAGUUUCCCCAGCACCGCUCUCCUCCUUGCAACAUAAGUAUCGCUGGUGCAGCAACAACCAAAAAACCACGUGUGUUAUGAUUUUGGCUGUCAUCAUCAUCAUCGUCAUCAUCAUCUUGCUGCUGUCUUUGUUGAAGAAAAACUAGUAGGAGAAACUCGUGCAAAUAAUAUUCCAUUAAAUGCAUUUUGAAGGGCAUAACAUGCAUGUUCAAUCAUCGGAAAAAGAAGGAUGCUAUUAAAAUACAUGUUUUUGAGUUGAAGCUUUGGAUCACUGUCAGGCUUUGGGGAAAUAGGACCCAAGUGCAGCAACAAAGGGAGGCAGGUAUGGGUACAAACAAAAGGCGAGCUUUAUUCCAAAAGCUGUUUUACAAAAAUACAAAGUUAGGAAAAAUCCAAGACAUGAAAAAUGCUUGACUUGAACACAUGAAAGAAAGCAGCUGGGGAGGGGAGGCAGAAACAUGAGGGCAACAGGUGACAACAAUGAAACAAUCAAGGAAGGAAGGAAAACCAAAAGACAGGAAGUAAAACUACACAUGACACAACAGAGGGAAAACCUUUCAAAAUAAAACAGGAAACAGACAGAAAACAAGGAUCAUGACAAUCACUGACGCUUAAUCUGAAGCGCAUCAGAGGAGAUCAUGAUGGGAAAAUAACAAAUCUGCUUUAAAUUAACGUUAAAUUCACAAAACAAAUCUUCCAUUCGUUAAAAGUCUUUAAAGUCUAGAGGUAUGCCAUUCCUAAAAUAGUUUGCGGUGGAUGUAAUUGUUCACCCUGUCCGAAUUGUCCGCAAAGAAAAGAGAUUUUGAUGUAAGUGAAUGUGAAUGUGUGCAAACAUGGAAAAUGAGAACGUAAAUCCAGUGUGCUUCAAACAGUGAUGGGCAAGUUUCUUCCUAAAUGUAAUCCAGUACAUAUUACAUAUGACUGUCUUCUUAAGGUAUUCAGUUACAUUACAUUAUUACUGUCUCUGAAAUGGUUAUAACCAAUAGUAAACAGGCUUACUGAGUUACUAUUCUACCGGCACAAUUAUUAUUAUUUCUCUGGUGUCGGAAUGUCUCUGAUGUUUGUGAUUUCUUAAAAACAAAACACCACAUCAUUUCGGGUUAAAAUGUGGUGUAGCUGCGUUACUGAGAAUUGUAACAGGUAUUAUAUUACCCAAAUUUCCGAAGUAAUGCCUUAUAUUACUGCGUUACAGCAAAACGUAUUACAUUACUGUUACUCCGUUACUUUUGUAACGCGUUACACCCAACACUGGCUUUAAGUAAAUGUUCUUUGUGCUCAUUUAUAUAUCAACAUAUCAAUAAAAGUGUAUUAAUCAAA